UAGUUUAGCUUCAAAAGUUUACAGGCCUCGUGAGAAAGGCCCAUCCUAACAUCCCCUCUCUGUUGUCAUCGUCUUCCUUUCCUUUCCUUUCCUUUCCUUGGCGGCCGGCCAUGGCCUAUGGCUUUCUCUGCCGUAACUCGAGUUGUUGAUGGUGGAGGAAGAAGAGAAGCAGAGCAGCGUGGGGAGGUGGCGGUGUAGGUGGCUCGUCGACGUCGGCCGGUGGCGCCCCUCCCCCGCUGAGUUCCAAGCCGCCGCCGCCCUCCUCCCGCCGCACGACCGCCCCGCCAUCCACAGGUUCGUCAGAGAAGAUGACAGGAAACGGGCGCUCGUCAGUCGCCUUCUCCAAUACUCGCUCGUGCACCAUGCUCUUGGAAUCCCAUUCCACCAAAUUCGCAUCAACCGCACGCUUGAAGGGAAGCCCUACCUGCAGAAUAAAAAUGCCAACUUUCCUGGCUUCAACUUCAACACGUCGCAUCAGGGGGAGUACGUUGGCAUAGCAUCUGAGCCUCUCUGCCUCGUUGGCCUGGACAUUGUGUGCAUCUCCAAGCCUCAACGAGAAACUGCCCUGGAGUUCAUCAACAAUUUCACUUCCUAUCUCACUGAUCAUGAGUGGAACUGCAUUGUUACUGCAGGCAGCCAUGAUGGUAUGCUAACUGAGUUCUACAGGUAUUGGUGUCUUAAAGAAGCAUUUGUCAAAGCUACAGGUGCUGGCGUUGGAUUUGGGUUGCAACGUUUGGAAUUCCACCAUAUGAAUUGGACUAAUAUUUCUCUCCGUAUUGAUGGAGAAGAGGAUAGGAAAUGGAGGUUUUGGCUUUUCAAGAUUGAUGAAAAGCAUUUGGCAUCCAUUGCGAAAGGGCAUCCAGAGGAUGCUAUUGACAGCUUCAGGAGAACAUUAUCUGAUGUGGUUAUUCAGGAGGGAGAAUUGCAUACGGCAAUAGAAAUUCCAGAAGAAGCUUUCACUCUAUUGACAGUGGAACAACUUAUACAGUUACAUGAUUAAAUGGUCUUCUUGAAUUUUGCGGUGACAUAUUAAUGCAGGACUAAAAUCAACAAAUUGUGAGUGUAUCCUGAAAGUUAAAAUAUAUACAUAGCACACCAAAAUUAGGAAAAGUAUCCUUGUAUUUGCUCUCGGUGCUUCUGCAGAAAUGAGAGCUUAGGGGUUAGGGCCUGUUUUUUUUUUUCAUAACAGAGAAGACACUUGAUAUUGUAAGCUUUGACUAGUUUGGUAGUGUUUGCAAAGGCCCAUUUUUUUAGGCAAUUGUAAAGGCAGAUUGAUGAUUGUUCACUGGAAAAAUCUAAUCAAAAAAACUAUUAGCAGCCAA